AGAGUGUGCGGGAAUGUUCCCAGAGGUCUUGGUCCCUUUGGACUGGGGUGGUGACGGGAUUUGGGGCGGGGGACACCGGAGGGUUAGGGAGCCUUCUCUACACCAGGGUCCCUCCUCCCCAGGUGCUGCUGGUCACCUCGUCCUUCAUGUCGCCCUCGGAGAGCAAGGCCGGCACCAACCUCAACCGGGUCCGGAUGUUUGGCCCAGACAAGCUGGUGAAGGCCGCGGCUGAGAAGAAAUGGGACCGAGUGAAAAUUGUCUGCACUCAGCCCUACACCAAGACCUUGGCUUAUGGGCUGUCCUUCGUGAAGUUCCACUCGCCGCCCGAAAACAACGAAACCCCAUCAAAAUCUGCCUCUCCGAAGGUGACCAAACUGGGCCAGUUUAAGGUAAAGGACGAGGAUGGCAGCUCUGCCUCGUUGAGACCUGGGGCCCUGUUCUUCAGCCGAGCUAGCAAACCGCUGCUCACGCCGCCAAAAGCCUCGCCCACAGAGGACCCGUCCCCCAGCCCCGCCGUGGCCACCCUCCAGGCCAGCACGCCCCACGCCGCCUCCCCAUCCCCACCCGCCGUGGGGAAACCCACCGCCAGGACCUCCCCCAGCUGUGCUGCAGCCUCCCCCAAGGACCCGGCUCCCACCAAGAGGAAGUUUGAGUUCAGCAAGGAGAAUGCAGCCCCUGCUCGGAAACCGGACCCCAAGGCCUCUCACCCCGCCCAGCCAACACCCAAGAAGCCCAAAGGUGAGAGGGGGCUGGGUGCCAGGGCUCUGUGGUUCUGCCCUUGGCUCUGGGAGGGGAGCGGGGGGGUUGGAGGGGAGGAUCCCCAGCUGACCCACGCUCCCUGCUGCAGGGUGGAGGAGGAGCACCGCAAGAAGCAGCAGGCAGGUCGGGAGGUGGCAUCGGACCCCGACGACGACCCCUACGGUGGCUCCACAGACGAGAACACGGAUGUGGAAGUGGAGCCGGAUCUGCCCAUCCCGGAGCUGCCUGAUUUCUUCGUGGGCAAGCGCUUCUUCCUUUACGGCGAGUUCCCCGCCGCGGAGCGACGCCUCCUGCAUCGUUACAUCACGGCGUUCAACGGGGAGGUGGAGGGCUACAUGAACGAGCGGGUGAACUACGUCGUCACGGCCCAGGAGUGGGACGACGCCUUUGAGGAGGCUCAGCCCGCCAACGCCAACCUCUCCUUCGUCCGCCCCCGCUGGAUCCACGCGUGCAGCGAGCGCCAGCGGCUCGCCCCCCCCCAGCCGUACGUGGUGGUGCCCCGCGCGUAGCCUGGUGCUCGGAGCCCCCGCCCGCCAGCGGCCCAGCCGGGGGCUCCCGGGACGACACGCCUGGCAGGGGUGGCUCCCGGCCUCGCCCGAGCCUCCUCUUCUCGUCAGCUUCCAGGGGGUGGAGGCAGGGGCUGUCCUGGGGCAGCCCCCCAGGCUCCCUCAUCACCCCCCCGGUAAUCCCGGAUUGACUCUGCUGCCGACGCCCCAAAGGGCUUUGAACCCGGCUUCUUCCGUUCCCUUGGACUGCGAGCACGUCCUUCGGGCCAGCGGCUUCUCGCCCCACCAGGAGGGGAGCCCCAGGAACCCCCCCCCCCUUCCCACCCUGGCCCUGGGGCCCCCCUGCACUGUGAACUUCCACCCGGCCACAGAUGUGUGGGGAGGGGGUAAAAUCAGUUACAGGCUGGGGGGAGGGGUUAGGGUGUCUGUAUGUGGUCAGUUUCAGUCCCACUUCCUGGUCAGUUUCACAGGUUGGAGUGUGUGUGUGGUUCCCCUCCCAUCACUUCUCCUGCCAUCCCUGUCCCCGUGGGGGGGCUGUUUGUAUUUGUGGGUUGGGGGUGGGGCUCUUUUUUUACACAAUUUUUUGUGAGUGAAAUAAACAACUUUCCAGUGCAGCUCGGCUUAACCCCCCCUUUAGCACAGGGCUG